GCAACACGCCGCAAUCGCAUCCUCCCAAAUUGGUGCUGAGCUAGGGUUCGCUGCCUCCCACUCUCCCACGCAAGGCGCCAGGAGUCGCAUCCGGCUCCGUCGCCGCCGGUCCUGCGCGAGGAGAGAAGGCGGCGGCAUCUGCCGGUUUCAGGAGCACGGGAGGCUCGAUUUGAGGAGAUUGCAGGUUUUGGGGCAUCAGGUAACGUCCAACAUGGAUACGGCGUUUCUGCGUUCUCCACUCAUUCGUAAUUUAGUGUACGAAGAUUGUGCCCUUCUGCACUCCAGAAGUUACCAUUGCUAUGCUCUUCAGUAUGUGAGAUGCAAUCGGACAGAUUUGAAGCCGUGCCAAACUCUAUCUGCUUCGCCAUUGAGGGGUUUGACUCACAGAUUGGCCGCAUUACCUGAUGUCGAUGAUUUUUUCUGGGAGAAGGACCCUACACCAAUCCUGGACACAAUCGAUGCACCAAUUCAUUUGAAAAAUCUAUCUAGUAAGGAGCUGAAGCAGUUGGCUAAUGAAGUUCGCUCAGAAAUAUCUUUCAUAAUGUCCAGAAAAUGCCAGCCAUGUAGUCCUGGCCAUUCAGUUGUGGAGCUGACAAUUGCUAUACAUUACGUGUUCAAUGCCCCAAUGGAUAAGAUACUAUGGGAUGCUGGUCAGCAUGCAUAUGCGCACAAGAUUCUCACAGGAAGGCGCUCUCUGUUCCAUACCAUUAGACAAAAAAAUGGCCUUUCUGGUUUCACAUCUCGUUUUGAGAGCGAGUAUGAUCCCUUCGGUGCUGGACAUGGAUGCAAUAGUCUUUCUGCUGGCCUGGGGAUGGCGGUUGCAAGGGAUAUAAAUGGGAGGAAAAAUCGAAUAGUGACAGUUAUCAGUAAUUGGACAACCAUGGCUGGCCAAGUGUACGAGGCAAUGGGUCAUGCUGGUUUCCUCGAUUCUAACAUGGUUGUUAUUCUAAAUGAUAGCUGUCACACCUUGCUUCCUAAAGCAGAUGGCCGGCCAAAGAUGUCAGUCAACGCCUUUUCUAGUGCUCUCAGCAAGGUUCAAUCCAGCAAAGGAUUUAGGAGGUUUAGGGAGGCUGCAAAGGGACUUACUAAAUGGUUUGGCAAAGGGAUGCAUGAAUUUGCUGCCAAGGUUGACGAGUAUGCUCGUGGUAUGAUAGGUCCUCAUGGAGCAACCCUUUUUGAAGAACUUGGACUGUAUUAUAUUGGUCCUAUUGAUGGGCAUAACAUUGAUGAUCUAAUCUGUGUACUUAAGGAGGUCGCCACUUUAGAUUCAACUGGUCCAGUACUUGUACAUGUAAUUACUGGGACAGAAAAUGACACUGGUGGCAAUAUUAAGAGUGACAUCACUACAAAUGAGGAAGAGCCUUCAAACUCAAGCCAUGCUCUUCUUAAGUUUUUAGAGAGUGGACUUUCUAGGACAUAUAAUGACUAUUUUGUGGAAGCACUGACAACAGAAGCAGAGAAUGACAAGCGCAUUGUGGUAGUUCAUGGUGGCAUGGGAGUGGAUCGAUCACUCCGUUUAUUCCAGUCCAGAUUCCCAGACAGAUUUUUUGACUUGGGCAUCGCCGAGCAACAUGCUGUUACCUUUUCUGCUGGUUUGGCAUGUGGAGGUUUAAAACCUUUCUGCAUAAUUCCAUCAACAUUUCUUCAGCGAGCAUAUGAUCAGAUAGUUGAAGAUGUGGACAUGCAAAAGAUACCAGUUCGAUUUGCAAUCACAAAUGCUGGUCUGGUGGGGUCAGAGGGGCCAACUAAUUCAGGAGCAUUUGACAUUACAUUCAUGUCAUGCUUGCCGAACAUGAUUGUCAUGUCACCAUCUAAUGAGGAUGAACUUAUUGACAUGGUAGCAACAGCUGCAAUGAUUGAGGACAGACCUAUUUGCUUCCGGUAUCCUAGGGGUGCCAUUGUUGGAACUAGCAGUACUUUAACAUAUGGGAAUCCACUUGAGAUUGGCAAAGGAGAGAUUCUUGCCGAAGGAAAAGAGAUAGCUUUUCUCGGCUAUGGUGAAGUGGUUCAGAGAUGCUUGAUAGCUCGAUCUCUUCUAUCCAACUUUGGCAUUCAGGCGACUGUUGCCAAUGCGAGAUUUUGCAAGCCACUUGACAUUGAUUUAAUCAGAACGUUAUGCCAACAGCACAGUUUUCUUAUCACGGUGGAAGAAGGAACAGUUGGUGGCUUUGGCUCGCAUGUCUCACAAUUUAUUUCACUCGAUGGUCUACUAGAUGGCCAAAUAAAGUGGCGACCCAUUGUGCUGCCAGACAGGUACAUAGAACAUGCUUCGCUCGCUGAGCAACUCGAUUUGGCUGGCCUAACUGCUCAUCAUAUAGCCGCAACUGCAUUGACUCUCCUUGGGCGACACCGGGACGCACUUUUGUUGAUGAAGUAAGGAAAGGAACUACCAAAAAGAAAAAGGAAAUAAGGCAUGAGGAGAACGCUUGUCAUGUUGUUUAUGAUAUUUUUAAGGACUGAGCGUCUGAGCCUGAUGUGAGAGGGUGCCCAAAUGCACUACUCAGAAGAGAAAUCUGCAAUAUUUUGUUUUGGGGUGUACAUACUAUAAACCCUAUUUUGAUAAUUAGGUGGCUCGUAAGGCAUGUGCAACGACACGCUGUAAUGUAUUGUUGCACCUAGUAAAGCUACUGAGUGUUGCAAAGGCUUA